CACACACACACACACACACACACACACACACACACUCACACACACACACACACACACACACAGUCUUUUCCGGCGUGACUGCAGAAGAAGAUGCUUCUCGUGUUAGUUUUGCUGCAUUUAAUCUCGAUGAUUUUAUAUGGUGUGUUUGGUGCUGAUACAGAUAAAGUGAAGUCAGUGUCAGUGAUGGAGGGUGAUUCUGUCACUUUACACACUGAUCUUACGGAAAUACAAGAUGAUGAUCUGAUAGAGUGGAUGUUUGGAGCUCAGAAUCCAGAUACUGUUAUAGCAGAAAUCAACAGAGAAGCAAAUAUGACCUUUUUAAACAUGGAUCAGUUCAGAGGGAGACUGCAGAUGAAUCAUAAAACUGGAGAUCUCACCAUCACAAACAUCAGAACCACAGACACUGGACUUUAUAAAGUAGAGUUCAUCAUAAAUACAAUGCCAUUCUAUAUAUUCAGUGUUACUGUUUAUGCUCUGCCUGUUCCCGUCAUCAUCAGAGACUCUUCUCAGUGUUCUUCAAGAUCUAAAUGUGUGUUGGUGUGUUCAGUGGUGAAUGUGACACAGGUGACUCUCUCCUGGUACAAAGGAAACAGUUUAUUCUCCUCCAUCAGUGUGUCUGAUCUCAACAGCAGUCUCUCUCUACCUCUGGAGGUGGAAUAUCAGGAUAACAACAUCUACAGCUGUGUGCUCAACAAUCACAUCAGAAACCAGACGAAACAUCUCAACAUUACUGAUGUCUGUCAGCCGUGUUCUUUAGAAGUCUCUAUAUCUCUGAUAGUGCUGAUUUCUGCUGCUGCUGGAACUCUGUUGAUUGUGCUUGUAGUUUUGGUGUUCUGCAUCAGCAGGAAAUGUAGAAAAACAUAUCAAGAGGGCAAGUGCACUGCAGUUCAGACUCGUGAAGAAGAGAUAAUGUAUGCGGAUCCAACAUUCUACAACAGAAAAUCUCAGAAAGCAAAAGUUAAAGAGGAGGAUGAGGUGGUGUACACAGGCUUAACUAUGAGAUGAUAAUCAAACACUCUUGAUUCUUUUCUGAUAACAUUUGAUCUGUUUUUCCUCAGUAUUACUUUUUAAAUAAGCUUUUUGUGAC